AAUUAUUUGGUCGCCGAGAAAGUUCUCUGCAAUUUGUUUGUAAUCUGAGCUGAAACGAAAACGAGAUGCCGAGGCGAGUUUCCGGCGGCGGUGGGGGAGGAAAACGGAACGAGUCAUUGUUGACUCUGGCCGUCAACUCAGUUUUCUCCUUUGUUCGGAUCGCCGAGUUCGAGAUCCUCUUCGUCCUCUUCUUCAUCAUCGCUUUUCUCAUCUUCAAAGAUCUGACAGCAAGGCCGGAAUACAAUCAGAUCCUUGUGAAGAAGCCCGGUGGACCUGAUUGGUGGCCCUACUAGAACAAAAAAUGCUUGAUUUUUCAAAGAUGUUUCGCCAUUGGUGUUCCGCAAAAAUUAAAUCCAUUACGCACCUGUCUAUAUAAAAGUUCCAAAUGUUCCAUAGGAAACAUUAUCGGGCAAAAUGUACAAUUUUGCUGUCUGGUGCUGAAUCACUGGGUAAGUUCAUUGUGUGGCUAUGCUGCAUACAUGUUUUAUUACAGUAUUCAAACACUUUCAGAAAUGAUUGAUGAGUUAUAAAUUUUACAGUUGAACUGA